AUGUCACUGCCACAAUUCGUGACUGCUAGCGCCCAAGCUGACACUGAGACCGAUAAUGGCACACUGGGAAGCUCCCAGGCGUCCAAGGCCCGCGCCCCCCAGUCACCAGUGAUCUUAUCGGCGCCACCUCAGCUUGCCGAGCGGGCUCCACCAAGACGAAGCAAGCUCCAGUGCAGUGCAUUCGACGACACUGCACCGACCUGCCAACCUCCUCCAGCUACGUACAUCGCAGCGCCUCGCAUCGUCUCCAUCAAUCCGCCCGCCCACGCCCUUCCUAAUCGCCCCCCCUCCGACCCAACACGCAUUGUCUUCUAA